GAGGACCGAGGACCGAGGACCGAGGACCGAGGACCGAGGACCGAGGACCGAGGACCGAGGACCGAGGACCGAGGACCGAGGACCGAGGACCGAGGACCGAGGACCGAGGACCGAGGACCGAGGACCGAGGACCGAGGACCGAGGACCGAGGACCGAGGACCGAGGACCGAGGACCGAGGACCGAGGACCGAGGACCGAGGG